UAAAUACUUUGAAAAUUUUAAAUCCAACAAAAAAAAAAAUGUCUACAUCUACUGAAAGAAAUGAGAAGAAAUACUCCAGAAUCCGACCUGAUUCAGACGGCGAUGAUAUAGUGAUCUCCGGGAUGGCCGGAAAAUUUCCAAACUGUCGUAACAUAUCGGAAUAUGAAUACAAGCUUUACAACAAGAUUGAUAUGGUUGACGACGAUGAGCGUCGUUGGCGCCACUUUAAUCCGGAAAUACCAAAGCGAUCAGGAAAAAUUUCUGACCUCGAAAAGUUUGAUGCUACUUUCUUUGGAGUGCAUUUUAAGCAAGCACAUACAAUGGAUCCCCAGACACGUAUUCUCAUCGAGACUGCGUAUGAAGCUGUCAUAGAUUCAGGAAUAAACCCAAAGAGUCUUCGUGGCUCCAAGACAGGAGUGUACGUUGGAUCUUGUAUAUCUGAAUCGGAAAAAACAUGGUUUUACGAAAAGGUGUCAUCUGGCGGCUUUGGAAUUACUGGCUGUAGUCGGGCCAUGAUGGCUAAUAGGAUUUCGUACUCUCUAGGAUUGGAGGGUCCUUCAUUUUUACUAGAUACAGCUUGUUCCAGUUCCAUGUACGCCCUUGACAACGCUUUUAGCGCCAUUCGAAAUGGAGAAAUUGAUGCCGCCAUCAUAGGGGGAUCAAACUUACUUCUUCAUCCUUUUGUAACCCUUCAGUUUGCGAGACUCGGUGUUCUGGCCCAAGACGGCUUUUGUCGUCCGUUUGAUAAGGAUGCUAGCGGUUACACACGAUCAGAAACCAUUAACUGCCUUUUUCUUCAACGUAAACGAGAUGCCAAACGCGUUUAUGCAAGUGUUAUUUAUUCAAAAACAAACUGUGAUGGAUAUAAACCAGAGGGUAUUACCUAUCCGUCGGGUAAAGUGCAAGAAAAAUUGCUCGACGAAUUUUACAAGGAGAUUGAAGUUACGCCAAAUGAUUUGGGCUACUUGGAGGCUCACAGUACAGGGACUGUAGUGGGCGAUCCAGAGGAGUGCAAAGCGAUUGAUAACGUUCUUUGCAGUCAGAGGCAAGAGCCGCUAUUGGUUGGAUCUGUAAAAUCAAAUGUAGGGCAUUCGGAAGCAGCUUCCGGGAUCUGCUCUUUAGUAAAAGCCUGUUUUGCCUUCGAAACUGGUUUCAUAGCACCAAACAUAAACUUUACAGAGGUUAAAUCUGUAAUUGCACCGUUGGCUGAGGGACGAUUGAUUGUAGUUAAAGAUGUCACCCCACUACCAAAGCCAUGUAUCGGCAUAAACUCCUUUGGAUUUGGUGGGGCCAAUGCUCAUGCCCUUUUGAAAGCCUAUCCCAAGGCCAAGGCCAAUUUUGGCCUGCCAGAAGAUGAUAUACCACGAAUUCUCACAUGGGCAGGAAGAACAGAAGAGGCCGUCAACGAGAUUUUUAAUGCUGUGGAGAAAAAGCCAUUGGAUGCGGAAUUUAUUGGAUUACUUCAAAACAUUCAAGAGAGCGAUGUAUCUGGCAUGGUCUUCCGUGGCUACGCAAUAUUUGGCAAGCAAGGUGAAGCCCCUGCAAAAGCAUUGGUCAGAGAUGUACAGCAUUACACCGGCCUCCAGCGCCCCAUAGUCUGGGUUUAUAGCGGAAUGGGCUCGCAGUGGCCCGAAAUGGGUGCUUCGCUUAUGGUUAUACCCCGUUUCCGAGAAUCAAUUGAAAUAUGCCAUCAGACUUUGAAACCGAAAGGAGUUGACCUUAUACACAUAUUAACAUCCAACGACCCCACAAUUUACCAAAAUAUUUUGCACUCUUUCGUGGGUAUAGCGGCCGUCCAAAUUGGUUUAACUGAUGUCUUGCGUUCCCUUAACUUGGAGCCAGACUUUAUUAUUGGGCAUUCUGUGGGAGAACUGGGCUGCGCAUAUGCCGAUGGUGGGCUUACCCCACAACAAAUGAUACUAGCAGCCUAUUAUCGCGGAAGAGUUAGUGUUGACGUGGAAAAAAUUAGGGGCUCCAUGGCAGCAGUCGGCAUUGGGUACAAGUCAAUUCUGCACAUGCUGCCGGAAUCCAUCGAAGUGGCCUGUCACAACGGUCCAGACUCUUGCACUAUCUCUGGACCAGUCGAUGAUGUCACCCGUUUUGUAGACGAAUUAAAGGCCAAAAGUAUAUUUGCCAAAGAGGUGCCAUGCUCCAAUAUAGCUUAUCACUCAAAAUACAUUGCCCACAUGGGACCCCCCUUGCUGCAAUAUAUGAUGGAAACUGUACCAAAUCCAAAAAUGAGAACCGAUAAGUGGCUGAGUACUAGUGUUCCCAAAAGCGAUUGGGAUCAGGCUGAGCGCAAGCUUUGCUCCGCUCAGUACCAUACUAAUAAUUUGCUGAGCAGUGUGCUUUUUGAAGAAACAUUCGCAUUGCUUCCGAAAAAUGCCUUGACUAUCGAAAUUGCACCGCAUGGCUUGCUGGGCGCUAUUCUGAAGCGAUCUAUGCCAAGUGGGGUUCAUAUUCCACUGACGAAUAGGGGAAACAAGAACAACGCCUUGUUCUUUUUGUCUGCGCUGGGAAAAACACACCAAAAUGGAUUAAUGGUUCCUGUUUCUAACUUGUAUGGAAAAAUUGACUUCCCAGUGUCGCGGGCUACACCAAGCAUCAGCUCACUCAUUCGUUGGGAUCAUAGUGAAGAUUGGUUUGUGACAAAGUAUGAAAAUAUGAAAACAAAGUCCAGUGGGGAGCGCAUAUUUCCAGUUAAUUUAGCCAGUGACAACGAGGAGUUUAUGAGUGGACAUGUUAUAGAUGGCAAAAUUUUGGUUCCAGCUACUUCCUACCUGCAGUACGUUUGGGAAACAUUUUCCCUCAUGUAUCAUGGUCCGAGCUAUAUGGAUGUGCCAGUUGAGUUCGAAGACGUACGCUUUUUGAGAGCGACAAAUAUGUCAGUAAAUGGCGAUGUGGAAUUGAACGUCAUGAUUCACUACGGCACCGGACACUUUGAGAUAACGGAAGCGGGCAGUUUGGUUGUUACCGGUCUUAUAAGAGAGACUGAAAGUCGCACCGUACCAGAAGUAUAUCACUUCCAGAAGGAAUCAGACUUUCCUAUGGUAUCGAAAAAAGGCUUCUACAAAGAACUAAAAUUACGUGGAUAUCAUUACAAUGGAGCAUUCAAGGCAGUUCACAAGGCCCGUUCGGAUGGUCUGUACGGACAGGUGGAGUGGAAUUAUAAUUGGGUAACAUUCAUGGAUGCGAUGCUACAAAUUCAGAUACUGGGAACUGAUUCACGGACACUUCUGCUGCCAACAAAGAUUCGAAAACUUAGAAUAAAUGGCUUGCAUCACUUUGACUUACUGACCAAAAUGGACCCUGAGAAUCGCUUUUUCGACGUAUAUGUGGAUCGAAAGUUCGAUCGGAUUGUCGCGGGUGGCAUUGAACUUGUGGGUCUUCAUGCAAGUCCCGUUCAAAGACGCAGGCCACCUGGUAUUCCUAUCCUGGAGAAAUAUGAAUUUCUCCCCUUCUUGCCGUCUCCAGCUGUAUCGCUGGCAAAUGCUGCCCGAAUUUGUGUGCAAUUGACCCUAGAAAAUAACCCUUCAUUAAAAAUGAAGUUGGUCGAGGUAGAUACAGAUGGAAGAAACACGAUUUUAAAUGAAUUCUUGGAAGCUAUCGAAGACUUACCAGUAAUCACGGGAGAUUACAUGUUUUUGACAUCUAGAAAGGUAGACGACAUUCCCGGCAUUCAUAUUGAAAAUGGAAGUUUGUCCACACAAUCGAAUUGUCACUUCGUUGUUUGUGGUGGAGUCUGCGGAGAUCUUAACAAAGACGUUAUUGAAACUGCCAAAAGCGUGCUUACAGAUAGUGGAUACUUACUAAUCAGAGCGCAAUCAAAUAUCGAUAAAGUACAUUCAGAAGUGUCAGAUCAAUUUCGGAUGAUUACAAUAAUUCCAAUUGAAGACAACGAGGAGGCGUUUAUUCUCCUGCAGAAAGCACCAAAGAACCUGCAAAUAGAGCCCCUAGUUGUGAAAGUGUCCGAAAAUGACAAAAUGUUUGAGUGGAUAGCUCCAAUUCAGUCUGCGCUUAGCUCAAAGACUCCCGUUGUUUUGUAUUCGUUUAAUGAAGAGCUCAGUGGACUCAUUGGGUUAGUGAACUGCUUGCGUAAGGAGCCAGACGGCAAUUUGGUUAAGUGCUUCUUUAUUGCGGACAAAACUGCCCCAGCGUUUAAUUUAGCAGAUCCGUUCUAUUCAGCUCAACACUCGCUCGGAUUGGCAAUUAACAUUUAUCGCAAUGGAACUUGGGGUAGUUUAAGGCACUUGAAAUUGCCCAAGUCUGAUAAACCGAUGACCAGAUUGGAUCACAUCUAUGGCAAUGUGAUUCAACGUGGAGAUCUGUCAACCCUCCGUUGGUUUGAAGGCCCCCUUAAUCCACAAGACUGCAUGAUCAAAAUUGCAUACUCAUCGCUCAAUUUCAGAGAUGUUAUGCUGGCAACGGGUCGCUUGGCCGUUGAGUUAUAUGGCUCUAGCCGCAUAGACCAGAAUUGUGUUCUGGGCUUUGAGUAUUCCGGGAUCAACACAGUAACGGGCCGGCGUAUAAUGAGUAUGGUUGUUAAGGGUGGCGUUGCUUCUUACGUGGAGAAGCCGUCAAAGCUUAUUUGGGAUAUUCCUGAUCACUGGUCACUGAAAGAGGCAGCCACCGUUCCGGUGGUGUAUAUAACCGUUUACUACGCAUUCUUCAUGGCAAGUGAUAUCAGGAAAGGAAAAAGUAUUCUUAUUCAUGCCGGAACCGGGGGCAUUGGACUUGCCGCGAUUCGAGUGGCAUUGGCGUACAACUUGGAAGUCUUUACAACCUGCAGUACACCUCAAAAGAAGCAAUUUUUACUGGAUACAUUUCCGCAACUAAAAGAGUCAAACAUUGGCAACUCACGGGACACAUCUUUUGAGCUGAUGAUCCAGCGAGAGACGGAUGGAAAUGGUGUAGACUUUGUGUUGAACUCAUUAUCUGAAGACAAGCUUCUGGCUUCGGUGCGCUGCCUUGGGAAGUCCGGUCACUUUUUGGAAAUUGGCAAAUUCGAUAUGGCCAACGACAGCAAGCUUGGGAUGGGAUGCUUUUUGAAAGAAAUCACUUUCCAUGCUGUGUUGGCCGAUAGUCUUCUUGUGGCUCCUGAAGAAGACAUUUGGCACUUGAAAAGCCUGAUCGAUGCGGACAUUUCUAAAGGCAUUAUUCAGCCAUUGCCCGUCCAAGUGUUUCCGGCUCAUGAAAUUGAACAGGCAUUUAGACACCUAAUAGGUGGAAAGCACAUCGGAAAGGUGGUAAUUCAAGUUCGGGAUACACCCGAGAAUCCGGCUACCUUACCGGUGCGUGUGAUGAGCCAAAUUUACUUUAAGCCAAACUUAUCUUACGUCAUUCCGGGCGGCCUAGGAGGCUUUGGAAUGGAAUUGGCUGAUUGGAUGGCUCUGCGUGGGGCUCGAAAGCUCAUACUCAGCUCCAGUCGCGGGAUAACGAAAGACUAUCAGUCAUAUAGAAUCGCGCUUUGGAAGACUUACGGCUGUGAAGUUGUGAUUAACACGGCAGAUAUAUCGACCAUUGAAGGUUGUCAAAAGUUGCUGUCAGAAGCUUCUAAACUCGGUCCUGUGGGAGGUAUUUUCAAUCUUGCUGUAAUGCUACGUGACGCCAUUUUUUCAAACCAAAGCUUGGAUCAAUUUGUGGAGAGCUUUGCUCCUAAAGCAGUAGCAACAAAACAUCUGGAUACGUUAUCGCGGGUAUUUUGCCCAGAGCUCGAACAUUUUGUGGUGUUUUCAAGUGUGUCCUGUGGCCGUGGAAAUGCCGGUCAAACCAAUUACGGAAUGGCCAACUCCAUUAUGGAACGUAUAAUUGAAUGUCGCCAUAGAGAUGGGUUGCCAGGUAAAGCUAUCCAGUGGGGUGCUGUUGGCGAGGUGGGACUAGUGGCGGACAUGGCCGAAGACAAAAUUGACAUGGAAAUAGGAGGAACCCUUCAGCAAAGAAUUGCAUCAUGUCUUCAAGAGCUUGACUACUUAUUAAGUGCCGAAUCUCCAAUCGUUGCCAGUAUGGUCGUAGCUGAGAAACGUUCUGGACGUUCUGGAAACGAAAGUAUUAUCGAUGCGGUUAUGAAUAUUAUGGGCAUUCGAGAUUUAAAAUCUGUAUCGCUGGGCACAACGCUAUCAGAGAUGGGUAUGGACUCAUUAAUGGCAGUCGAGAUCAAGCAAACCCUAGAGCGUGACUUCGAACUAGUUUUGUCCCCGCAAGACCUACGGUCGCUAACAUUCCAGAAACUUCAGGAGUUUGUUGAAGCUAAGGAAGGAGAGAAUACUGAUGAUAUAAAAAUGAUUUUCGCAUCAGAUAGUAACCUCUUAGGCAUGGACCUACUUCUUCGAAACUUGGGCGAUGAAGCGCAUUGUGAUCAAGUGAUGAUUCCACUGAACACUUCAGCAGCUCCUUCAAAACAGAGCUUUCCACCAAAUAUAAUAAUUCCUGGACUAGAGGGGACCGCAGGUCAGGCAUGGUACCAUAUUGGAUCGAAUUUGCAAAGCAGGGCCGUCGUCCUACAGCUCCAUCAAUUUGCCAGCCUGGAGACAGUUCAGGAAAUAGCUGAGCAAAGCUUAGAACGUGUUAAGCCAAUUUUAAAGCCGACAGAACCAUUUUAUAUUAUCGGAUAUUCAUAUGGUACUUUUGUGGCGCUUAAACUAGCGCAGCUACUGGAAAACGCUGGAUUCCGUGGACAUAUUAUGCUGUUAGACGGAGCUCCUCAUUUCUUAAAACGACUCACCAAUCUUCACUUGGGGGAAAACUUUUCGGAUAACGACCUCUAUGACCUUCUUUUAACAAGAAUUGUUAAUAAGAUAUUCCAUCAAGAGUCGACUGCUUCAGCUUUCCACAAGAUCAAUAGUCUUGAAGAAAAAAUGACAUUAUUCAUGGAGUAUGUUGAAAAGCAGAAAGUUUAUAGCAAAGAGUACGCUACUACAAUGGUGGGUGCCAUGUUCCGAAGGGUGAAAAUGGCAGCUAAAUUCGAUUUGGACAGUACAAAGAACCUUAAAUCUCCCAUUACUCUAGUCCGUCCAGCAGAGGUUUCCCUUCAAGACAUUGAUGAAGACUAUUGUGUUUCGCAGCUGACUGCUGGUAAAGUGGUACUUAAAGUAAUUGAAGGAAAUCAUACAACUAUGUUGGAUAAUCCGGCACUAGCCAAGAUAAUAAACGACUUUGACCCGACACUUUUGGAUGACAAAAAUUUUGAAGAAUAUAUUCGAAAUGAUAAGCCUGUUGCUGUCGUAUAAAUAUAAUCCUUUUUUUUUUUCUAAAAACGAAACUAGCAUAAUAAAACACAGACAUUUUAAUGUAUUUGUACUGUAAAAACAACUUAA